AUGUCUUUCCCUUGGACAGGUAUGCUUUUGCUUAGUUUUCUGCAGCCACUGGAAACCCUGAUGAAAGAAGAAGCUGUCCCGUAUAUUGAAGGAAACUACGCACCCUCCAGAAUGGAGGCAAAGGCUGGAGAAGAUCACUUACAAAGACACGUCAACUCCCAAGGCGUCCUGAUGGAGCUACUUGGAGAACUGGGCAGGAUGAGAGACUUAGGACCAACUGCCAACCAUGAAGAGCAACGGUUCUCAGAAGAACAGCUGAGGUGGAGAAGAACACGUAGAGGAACAAAAGACAGUGAUGCCAAGUCAGUUCAGCAGUAUGUUCCAGGAGUCAAAGUGGAAUUUCCUCGGCCUGCGAGCCCAGCCACAUUACAGCCAACGGAGCCUCCAGCACCAACCAGCACAGGUCCAUUUGAGCCCCACCAACAGAGCCCCGCGGUCUACGGUAAUAGAGAGGCCCAGGUUAAUAGAACUGUGGCACUAGGAAAGCGUUUUCAGAUACAGAACCCUCUCUAUCCAGUGACAGAAAGUUCUUAUAGCGCUUAUGCUGUCAUGUUCCUGUCCCUCAUUGUCUUUGCUGUGGGCAUCGUUGGGAACCUCUCAGUCAUGUGCAUUGUCUGGCACAACUACUAUAUGAAAAGUGCCUGGAAUUCCAUUUUGGCCAGUCUUGCUUUCUGGGAUUUCCUUAUCCUCUUCUUCUGUCUACCUGUGGUCAUCUUCAAUGAAAUUACCAAGAAGAGACUGCUGGGAAACUUCUCCUGUCGCCUUGUGCCCUUCAUGGAGGUGACCUCUCUGGGAAUCACCACCUUCAGCCUCUGUGCCUUGGGCAUUGACAGAUUCCAUGCGGCUACCAGCCCUCAAGCCAAGCUCCGCCCGAUUGAACACUGCCACUCCAUCAUUGCCAAGCUGGCUGUCAUUUGGGUGGGUUCCAUGACCCUUUCAAUCCCAGAGCUCCUUCUUUGGCAGCUGGCACAGGAUACCUCACCAGUCUCUGGUGUAGUGUCUGACUACUGCACAAUGAAACCUUUUCAGGAGCUGCCCGAGUCCAUUUACUCUCUGGUUCUCACUUAUCAGAAUGCUAGAAUGUGGUGGUAUUUUGGAUGCUACUUCUGCCUGCCGAUCCUCUUUACCGUCAGCUGCCAGCUGGUCACCAGAAGGAUCAGCAGCACAGAGAAGACCGAAUGCCGUGGCAAUAAGCAUGGGCAGUGUGAGAGCCAACUCAACUGCACAGUGAUUGGCCUGACAGUAAUCUAUGGUCUCUGCACCAUCCCUGAAAAUGUCAGUAAUAUUGUUGUGGCCUAUCUGUCUCCUGACAUGACAAAACAGACUUUGGACCUAUUAAGCUUGGUCAACCAGUUCUUCCUGUUCUUCAAAUGUUCAGUUACUCCUGUGCUUCUACUAUGCCUUUGCAAACCCCUGGGGCAGGCCUUCAUGGACUGCUGCUGCUGCUGCUGUGACGAAUGUGGUCAAGAAACUACUUCCAGUGAUAGUGGUUCUGAAAGCAAAAUCAAAACCGAGAUGUCCUCAAAUAUUUUCUUUGACAAGACCAGAGAGUCACCUCCCCCCGUAGGGUCCAUUGGCACUCCAUGCUAA